AUGGACGCAGCCAACGACGUGGCGCCGUACGCGCUCGUCGAGACGACAGAGCCGCGCCCACCGACGACUGCGUUCGCCGACGACUGGACGCUACUACUGCCGACGCAGCCGAGCCAUGCAACGAGCCGACCACACCAGCGCCUUGGACGAUUCGCGAAAGCCUUGCCGACGGCGGACGCUGUGCCACCGAUCCCGGCCCUGGCACUCCGCCCAGUGCGGCCACUGCCGUCGGCUGCGCAGCCAUCGAUGGCGAACGAGGCCCUGCAACACGUUGAAGCGUGGUGUGCGGUCAGUGCGGCGCAUGCAGGCUACGAUGCGAUACGGCGACAUUCGCUCGAGGUGCUCCGCGACGUGACGGUCCGCUUCAUCGAGACCAUGGGCACCAAGCUCGUGCACGAGACAGAGCAGUGUGUACGUACCCUGGAUGGCACACACUCGCCCACCGCCAUUACGAAGGCGUGCGCGCUAGCUGCCGGCCGCGUCAUGCAGCAAGUAGAGUGCCCGCCAACCAAGCUGCGAGCUCACCUUGUCGAGACCAUCCAGUACGGCUGUCACUUGCGCCAAGCCAACGAUGCAGUACGCACGCAGCUCCUGCGCGACCCAAGCAGCUUGACAGCGGUUAGUGAGCCACUUUACGAGGCGCUGAGCGGUAUACUGGAAGGCGUGCACGCUGGCACAGCCGGGUUUGCACCCGUGCCUCGAGCGCGCCGCGCAAUGGCGACUCCACACGCGCCGCAAUCAGAGACCAGUACAUCGCCGGCGUGCUUGAGGAAGCGACAAGCUUCCGCGACGACGCCACAGCCGAUGAAGAAGCAACAGACGUUGGCGCCAGCCAGCUUACUACGCAAGCAGUGCACUGCAGGGAUUGCCACGGGCACGAAUACCCUCGCGAUCUCAGACCUCGAUUUGACCGACCUUGGCGACGUUUUUGCCACCGACCAGUUGCCGCUGGAGCCUUCUCGGCCGUCUCCGUCACACCUUUUGUAG